AUGGCGAAAUCCAAAAAAGGAGUAGAAGGAUUCAAAUCAGGCUGGUUUAAAAAGCUGCGAACUCGGCUAUUCCAAAGGGCUGGAGUCAGUGGUGAAGUCGUCAUGGCGGAAAAAGGAGUUCAGGAUUUCUUUCAAAAGGCGCUGGCAUGUCUCGAGGAACACAAGUCGGAUAAGCCAGCUGAGCCUUUCAAAAGUCUGUACAAAGCAAGUGAGCACUUCUCCAAUGCCCUGAACAACCUCAAGAAUCGAGGAGACAAAAGCGAGGCCGCACUUCUAGCCCAAGCUCAAAUCUUGUAUGAAAUGGGUCAGAUCGAAGCAUCCACCGAGGAAGCUGGUGGGGGUCAGAGGCUCCUCAAGGAAGCUCUGGACGCGCUUCCGACCUCCCCAGAUGAAGUGACCGUGAAACGCGACAUUUUGAAACUUUCAAUUUUGAAUCAGCUGGCCAUCAUAGACUCAACGAGAAAUCAGUUGGAGGAAGCCCUGGAGAAGUUGAAAAAAGCGGAGAAUUUGUACACUGCGUUGACGGCGAAGUGGAGCACACCCGAAGCGCUCGACGCGGAAGAACACCACUUGGAGUAUCUCCUUGGCAGUAAAGAGAAAAUCCCAAGACUCUCAAAGUACUCGAUCCUGAUCGAAGAAGAAGGAACAAAAACCAAGUACUACAUGGCACAAUGCUAUCAGCACCUGGACGACACGGAGAGAUCUGCUAUUUAUUGUCACCUCACUUUGAAGAAGCAGCUGAGAAACCGCGAGUUUCUGUCGUUCUUCGAUCCCGUCGAUUGGGCCGUAAGCGCUGCAACUUUGAGUCAGUUCUUCUUGUACAGAGAUAACUUCAAUCUCGCCUUGCACUUGCUCGCUUGUUCGCAACACAUGCUGAGCGAGACGAAGGCCGAAACAACCCCCGAAGAUAUGGAGAGGCUCCAAUGGCGGAGUGCCGAUGUGGCUCGCUGCUGGAUUAAAUAUUGUGUCUACCUUUUGGAAGUUUCGAAGGAUUUAAAGAACAAGGCGGAUGACGGGAAAACCGUGGAAUACCCACCCGUACAGCCGCUCCCCGCGAAGAUGAUCGAGCACGGAGAGGUCGAAGAGAUCGAGAAACGAGUGAAUAACAACGUAGUGAAGACUUUCGAAGACGCGCGGAAGGUGUUCCUCGAGGGUCAGGCAAAAGUCAGCGAAGCGACCUCAUACUACAGCUUGCAAGACCGGGCGUCAGACUACGUUCUCGUUGCUCAGGACUCGUCGAAACUCUACAGAGACUUGGCGGCUUUCGAAGACCAAAUAGAUCGAAAAUGCAAAAUGCACAAAAGGCGUAUAGACCUCCUUGAAGAGAUGGUGAAAAUUCUAAACCCAAAAUAUUAUUCGGGCGAGCUCCAACAGUUGCACUUCGAGUUGGCUGAGGUUUAUACAGAGAUGAUGGAACUGAAGUACGCCUCCCUGCCGAAGGGCAUGCUCAAACCUACCGAUGGUCCUGUGAACAAGAUCAACCUAUUGACCAGAAAAGCUAUAUACCACUUCAAGCAGUUUCUGAAUCUUAUCGAGACAUUCGUUGUGAAAGAUAGCGCCGGAGCAGAUAAAAUCGCGAAGUAUGAGGAGUCUUACGUAAGGCCAGCUCUCGUCGCGACUUUCUCGAUCGGUAGACUCGAGUCAAAGUUCAUCGUCGGCCACCCACGCGAGCAAUUGGAGAACCUCGAGAAGGGCAAGAAACAUUUCGAUUAUGUCGACGCCUACAUCAAAAAAUACCCGGAACAUGCCAAAUUCGUCGAAGGCGAACUUGAGGUCAUGCGCGAAUUGAUGGAACUGCUACCGCAAGCAAUCCAGAACGUUAUCAGCAGCACAUUGCACUGAGUUCCACGGCUCAACCGGACUUGCGUGCACGUUCUAUACAUAUCUGUUAAGCGGGGGAUUCGUCGGGUUUUUGCAUCGCCGAAUUCGUAAUUCCUCGGACGGAGUCCAUCGGAUUGACAUAAUUUGACGCUCUUAAUGUGAGGCGGAACAAGUGUCAAGGCAGAACCCUCGAUUCAUUUUCUCAGGAAAAAUAAAAUCGAUUCGACACGAAAA